AUGUCUGCCCAACGUGAAAUUGACCAAUUUGACGCCCAAGUGAAGCGAAGCAGCGACAGACUGAGAAAUGGAUCCGCCUCCCCUCCUGAGGCGCAGACACAAGACGGGACUUUGGACAACACGUCAACCACACACCAAGCCAACCCGGAAGGCGACAAUCCGACUAGCCAAGGGACAUCAUCAGCUACUCAAGGAAGGAAGAGAGGUCAAGGCGGGAAGAAAGGCCAAGGUGCGAACAAGAACACACCUCCAACUGGCACAACGACUCGAAGCGGUGCAGCUGCACAAGAAACCCCCGAAGGCGGGCCCCAGUCCAAGGAAGGCACAACUCAACCCUCGGAGAACCAGCCACCAAGCAACAGAGACGCGAGCUCUAACAACACGGACAAGCAACCGGAAGCGGAGCGCCGUGACAGACAGGACACAUCCUCCCACGAGCAAUCAGAGAGCGUCGAACUAGGCUCAAGACAAAGACACGAGUCUAAUCUCGACCCGAGCCUUACCGGAGGAUCACGUCGAAGCGACCUGUCGAGCCUGAUCUCACCCGAGAUAGUAAAUGGUAAUGCGGCCAGAGAGAAGUCCUGUAAGCCCUGCCCACAUCCACUGAAGUGA